CUCAUGUCUCUCAACAUUAUUUUAUACAAACAUUCAUAUAAUUCUCAGUCAACACUAAAACAGAUCCAAAUGUUGAUUCAGAUUGUGAUGAAUACACUCGCGGCUCAAUUUCAUAGAUGUCGUCCACUCAACGAACACAUGCAAAGUCCUAUACCAUCCCGUUCUCGAGAUUUGAGUACAGCAUCAGUAGAUUUAGAGCAAAUCCAAGAACAGGAACAAAGUAUUGACUCUCAAACAGAAGACAACGAUAUGUUUUCCCCGAAACUCAACGAAACGGUCAGCGCUUUCUCUAGUGAUGCCGACGAUGAGGACAAAGAGACCGAACCCAUCAGUGAGAGUCCAAAAGCAAGAGUUGUCGAUAAAAUUGAGGAUUUAAUAAUAGACAAUAAAACUAAUGACUUAAUCAGUACAGCAAUUGAGUCAAAAGUAGAGAAUUUAGCACAAGAUAUAGUGAAAGAAAAACCAGAGCUUAAGACUAAUGAGAUGACAGUUGCCAACAAACCAGAGCUUAUUUUGGCCAACAAUACGAUAGAGAAGGAGGAAAUUGUUGGCGAAAAAGUGAUUGAUGUGAACGAUAUGUUAACCAAUUCACAGAAACCUCCAUAUCAUCCACCGGUACAACGAAUCAGCCGUCAAUUGUCGCCAACGGCUAACAGACAUAAAAUGCAAAGAAUGGAAGCCAUCGAGGGUUCACUCAAACUGAAGAAGAAUAAGAAAGAUUUGAAUGAAAAACAGUGUCCAACAAAUGUAGCCGACAUUCCCACUCAUAAUUCAUUGACUCGUUUCGGAAGUGUAGACGAAAAGUGUUCAACUCAUGAAAGCGGACAUAAAGUGCUGCGAAAUGUGAACAGCAGUGACAGCGCGGAUACAAAAGUGUCAAAGUCUACGUGGACUAUAGAAAUACAUUCUCCGGUCAAACUUCAGCCCAUUUUGCCGGUCAGACCGCCUCAGGAAAGGCUUCUUCCCAUUGGAAUCUCAGCCAAAGAGAUGCGAACCAAUAAAGACAUGACAUUUCGCGAAGACUUUAGUCAAUUCGGAGACUAUGAUAACAAAGGUGUCCAAACAUUUAAACCGUUUGUCACGAGUGAAGGAGAGAUGCAUUUCCCGGUUUGUGAACGGCUUUUGCCGAUCGGACCGACGCCUCCCUUCACCAGAAAGGAAACGGUGUCUCCAGUGCCACAAAUUCAACCAAAAAGAUCAGCAAUUUUUCAGACACCGCUCUACAGGAAAGAGGAGAUAUUUUCUCCUAAAGUGGAGCCAUCAUUGACUCAAUUAGUGACAAUUGCCAGCAAUACUAGUACUUCACAUCCUUCCAGUGCAACAGCAUAUGCAAUGACUUCGACAACAACUCCCAUCACUGCAAACAAUACCAAAUCUGUAAUCUCUCCGCGAGAAUCCAUUGACAGUCCAGAAGUCAAAGUAAAACCUCCGAACUCUCCAAUUCUGGUGGGUUUGGCAAAAGUGGUCAAAGUAGGAGAAGCGCCAGAAUCGACACUAAAUGGUGCUAAAUGUGAUUCCGUCUCCAAAAGUGAUGUCAAUACAAAUAAACGCGACUCAAAGCCAAACAUCAAUGAAUCGAAAGAAGAAACGCUGGAAAAGGUUGUCAUAGAAAUGCCGUCUUCUCUCCCAUUGAACACCACUUCCGGAAACGAUAGACAGGAAGAGAAUACAAAUCGAAACUCUAAUCAAACGAUAACUCAAUCACAAAAUCCUACACAAGAGGAACAAAAGCCGAUUCGACAACACUAUCGGCAGAGAAAGACCAGAAAAAUGACGUCCACUGCCAGUGAAGUGCAGCGAUCUAUGGAUACCAGAGGCGGUGGUGUCGCCGAUAAGGUCUCGCGACGAACCGCCCGAUCGAUGCCAUCUAAAAGUAAGGGAUCGUCGCAACAAUCGGCCGGAAAUACGGUUUUCUCGCCCGAGGAUAUCGUUCACGAGCGGUGCACUCGUUGUGGACAUGUCUUGGAACAGUUCUCCGAAGAGGAAAUUGGUUUCUGUAUAAUAAUAUUAGGCACUUAUGUUCACCGCGAGCCCAGUAUUGCGGCCCCUAUUCUGCCCGAUGUCAUCAAAUUGGUGUCCAAAUACGCGGGACUCACAGCAUAUCACUGGCAGAGCGAAAGCAAUAUCCAUUUGCCCGGAAGCACGGCAUCGAUAGCCCGGCAAUUCAUUCGCUGUACUUUACAUCAAUUGGCGCCGAACGGCAUAUUCAAGCAACUAUUUUACGCACACUUUACCAAUCCAGGAUUUUUUAAAAGCAUAGCAUUAGCGUUGUCUGACUUCGUCGAUCUCAAUCAGGUCUCCCCUCUCGUAGAGCUCUUUCAAAAUCUGAACGAAAGAAAACAUUUGCCACAAAUAUCUGAAAUGUUGCAUAUGUUGAGUAAUGUCGCCACAUAUCUGGAGUGCAUAUCUCUGGAAACGCCAUCCCAACAGCCGUGGGCUCUAUUUCUGCCACAAUUAGAGACAUUUUUGCGAAAAUUAAUGCUUUUAUUGCCGGACGCGGGAGUACUUAACUUAACACCGAUUAUGCGAAUCAUGUUAUCGACUAUAAAACUGCCGAUAAUUAAUACAUACAAAACAAUUCUGGACCCCUUCUCCAAAAUGCUGUCUCAUAUCAUACAGCAGUCGCCUGUGCUCUACGAACAGCUCCUCGACUUAUGUAACCUUUGCUGCAGAAACUUUGUCCGGGAAAGAGACCGCUAUCUGUUGACGCGGACAGUGGUCUGCGAACUCAUUCAGGCCAUUAAGUUCCGGACAAUGAUUCCGGACGAGAAUCUAAUGAUGCUAGUUCAAUUCCUACUCCAGGACGGCUCCGGCACUCUCACCCCCUCCGUCAUCGUCGAGAACUUACGUAUGAAUAACACCAUUGAAAUCGAGAGCUACAACACCAACGCCUUUGAAUGCAUGCGACAAAAUGUGAUGGAUUUACUCGAGUUUGUCACUGAUGUACACACACUCUCCAGGGUUAAGAGUAAUUUUUUGGGAACUUCUAUACACCUGAAUGAAGAGACACUGGGAGGACAUCUCAAGUCAGGAAUUUCUCAGUAUUUAUCACUAGAGAUGACAAAAAAUAAUGGCAGUGAUCACCGGGCGAUAACCAAAUACCUUCCCUGGCUAUACAGUCUGCCAUCACUACAACAGGGUCCGAAAGAGUUUAUCGAUUGUGUGGCACACAUUCGGUCACUUUCGUGGCUAUUGUUAGGCUCGUUACAGCACUCGGCACUGCUCCACAAUAACGCCACAUUCCUGUGCCAACCCAUCCCAUUGGAGGCCAACACUCACAUCGCGGAACACAUUCAAGUCAUUUUGGCCGGAUUUGCCGAACAGUCCAAAGCCUCGGUACUGCACAUGUCCUCACUCUUCCACGCGUUCAUUCUGUGCCAACUUUGGACAAUGUAUUGCGAGAACAUCUCCGCACAGAACCCUCCCGGAAGCGAUCAGUACCAUCAGUGCACACUCACACUGUCUGAUUUCUGGGCCAAAAUAACCCCGGGCAUUCUACAACUGAUCUGUCACUCAAAAGUGCUGGCGGAGACGGUUAGCUUACAUUUCUUGAACUUAAUGGAAACACUGAUGGAAUGCAACUCAACAAUGCUUUCCAGAUUACUUCCCCUUUGGACGCCUGUAUUCAAUAGCUAUAAAGGCCAACUCUCGGGCAACACUCAGGUGCGGCUCCAGUCGGUCAUCAAUUGGCGGACACCUCCACAGACCAAAGACGACGCGGCCAUGACUUCUAGUACUCUAAUACGAUGGCUGCAGAGAAUGCAGACCAAAAUGAGUCAAAUCGAGAUGCAGUCUUCGGCCGCAAUUCAAUUCUAUUGUAUAUAAGUUAUAUAAUAUAACAUUUACAACGUUUACAUCACAACUGGAAACAACAAAAUAACUUAUUAUUUGUGUUUUUUAUAUAAUUAAUUGUUUAUUACGGACUUAAUUAAUAAGUUUUUUCAUAAUCUGUUGGGAAAGUGUGCCACAGCUCUACCUCUUAAUAGUUUAUUCUCUCCUUAUUUUUCAAAUAAAAACACACAUUGAAUGCCAUUACAUAUAAUACAGUCAACAUUAAAACGAAGGCAAACGAAACAGUUAUGAAUUAUUAGGAUUUAGAAAUCAAAUUAUUGUCCAAAAAUCAUACCACAAAAGAAAAAACAUGUAUAAAAAAGCAAUUUUUAAGCCAUAAAAGUACGAAACGAACAAAAAAAUUGUUUUUAAACUGUGUUUUCUCUCAUUUUUAUCAUAAUUGUUAUUACAGUUAAAUGUAUUAUUAAUUAAAAUGCAGUUUUCAUUCGCGAUUAGAAACUAAUACUGUAAAUGAGAGGAGAAAUAAAUUGAAUUUCAAAUAAAAUAAUGC